ACAAUUUACAAUUGAAAUAUGCCAUCGACAAAUUUUAACAUUUAGGUAUAACCGACAUCGUUUCAAUCUUAACUCUGACUAGCAAAAACCCUAUAAACGCCAAAUAUUGAACAAAGAAAUCUAAAACCUUUCAAAAUAGGAAAAACCCUAAACCUGAGAAAGAGAAGUUAAAGCUUAAAGCUUGGAAUGCAGUUAUAGAAUCAGAGAGCAACAGAGAAAAAGGAAAAUGGCGAUGUAUAUGAGACGGGCGAUCCCUUUUAGAAACUCAAUUAUGUUUCUUCGAAGCUAUAAUUCUAUCAUCCAAACUAGCAAAAUCUCCCACAAUCUCCACUGCAAUUCUGAAAUUGGCGAAACCCAAAUUCCACCAUCCUUUGAUUUCCUCAAAGUCUCUCUUCGUGGCUUCGCCAAAGGAAAAAAAUCAAAGGAUGAUUAUGGUGGGGAUACUGUUCAAGUUGCUCCUGAUAUUGGGCCUUCGGUUAAAGCAAGUGCUGCCUCGCAAAUGGAUGCAGCAAUGGUCGCAUUGUCUCGUGAAUUGGCCAAACUACGAACUGGACGGGCCUCUGCAGGAAUGCUUGACCACAUCAUUGUUGAAACAAAUUCUGUAAAACAGCCAUUAAAUCGGAUAGCUGUUGUUUCAGUCAUGGAUCCUAAAACACUAUCUGUGAACCCAUAUGACCCAGAGACGGUGAAGUCAAUAGAGAAGGCCAUUGUUUCAUCUCCAUUAGGGUUAAACCCUAGAGUGGAUGGCGAACGAUUGAUUGCAUCAAUACCACCAUUAACCAAAGAGCAUAUGCAGGCUAUGUGUAAGGUGGUUUCCAAGUCUUGCGAAGACGUUAAACAAAGUAUAAGAAGAGCUCGCCAGAAGGCACUGGAUACAAUUAAGAAAUCAGGUUCAAGUUUUUCCAAGGAUGAAAUCAAGAGAUUAGAGAAAGAGAUUGAUGAGUUGACGAAAAAGUUUGUCAAAUCAGCAGAAGAUAUUUGUAAAGCAAAGGAAAAGGAAAUUACUGAAGGCUGAUUUUUGACUGUGAUAUUGAUUUCAGGAUUAAAUUGAGACAACACCUUGUAGUUUUAGAAAUAUUUAUACUUUAAACUUUAGAAGUUCGGAAAAUAAUUCAAUCUUAUUUGUCGAAUGCAUCAGUAAUAUUUUUUGGUAGAA